AAGGAAAUGUCUCUUGCAGCAUGCGUUGCUUGAAAGCCGGGUUUUCUCACAGGUGGCAUCAUUCGAUCGCUGAGUUUCUCAACUGACGGACCAGUUUGCACAUCUCUUUUUCGUCUUAAAUUUAGCAAGUACUACACAAAUCAUUCAAAAUGUGUGACGAUGAUGUUGCCGCUCUUGUAAUUGAUAAUGGAUCCGGUAUGUGCAAAGCCGGUUUCGCCGGAGACGACGCCCCAAGAGCCGUGUUUCCCUCCAUCGUCGGAAGACCCCGUCAUCAGGGUGUGAUGGUUGGUAUGGGACAAAAAGAUAGCUAUGUUGGUGAUGAAGCACAGAGCAAAAGAGGUAUCCUCACCCUGAAGUAUCCAAUUGAGCACGGUAUUGUUACAAAUUGGGAUGAUAUGGAGAAAAUCUGGCAUCACACAUUUUACAAUGAGCUCCGUGUAGCCCCAGAAGAACAUCCAGUACUUCUAACAGAAGCUCCCCUCAACCCCAAAGCCAACAGAGAAAAGAUGACACAAAUUAUGUUUGAAACCUUCAACACACCUGCAUUCUACGUAGCAAUCCAGGCUGUCCUGUCCCUGUAUGCCUCCGGCCGUACAACUGGUAUUGUCUUUGAUGCUGGUGAUGGUGUCUCCCACACAGUCCCAAUCUACGAGGGUUAUGCUCUACCCCACGCCAUCCUUCGUCUGGAUCUUGCUGGUCGUGACCUCACAGAUUACCUCAUGAAGAUCUUGACAGAACGUGGAUACUCAUUCACCACAACUGCUGAGCGUGAAAUUGUCCGUGACAUCAAGGAGAAGCUCUGCUAUGUUGCCUUAGAUUUUGAACAAGAAAUGCAGACUGCUGCUAGCAGCUCAUCCCUGGAGAAGAGCUACGAACUUCCAGACGGUCAGGUUAUUACCAUUGGCAAUGAGCGAUUCCGAUGUGCCGAGGCUCUCUUCCAGCCAUCCUUCCUUGGAAUGGAAUCUGCUGGUAUCCAUGAAACCACAUACAACUCAAUCAUGAAGUGUGAUGUUGAUAUCCGUAAGGAUCUGUACGCAAACACUGUAUUGUCUGGAGGUUCAACUAUGUUCCCAGGAAUUGCCGACAGAAUGCAGAAAGAAAUCACCGCACUUGCCCCACCAACAAUGAAGAUCAAGAUCAUUGCUCCACCAGAGAGGAAAUACUCUGUAUGGAUUGGCGGCUCCAUCCUUGCUUCCCUCUCCACCUUCCAACAGAUGUGGAUCAGCAAGCAGGAAUACGAUGAAUCUGGUCCAUCCAUUGUCCAUCGCAAGUGCUUCUAAGUGGGAAGCAAGUGGACCGCACCAAAGACAACUGUAACAUCGUAGAAUUUGGCUUGAUAACAUCAGGGCCUGAUCAACAAACCAGUCUUCAGUUAUGCAAAUGAUUGAAUAAGAACUGCAGAGUUAUCGUCGAUAACUAUAAAUGUAUCGGUUAAAAUUGGUUGAUGUGUUAAAAUGGAUUAAUAAGCACAAAGCCAUCAACAGUUUUAUAGAUUCGAUAUAACCUCAGGCAAUGUGGUUUUGCGACAUCCAACCACCAUUAAGGCACAAUUAUGCCUUCAUUUAUAAUAACACAUUAAUACCAUUCCUUUUUAGGCUAUUAGAGCAUCUCGGUUCAUUUCUAACAACUUGCAUCUGGGCUUUCAAGCUAUCUGAAGGCAAUCCUUGUCUGUGUAAAUUUAGUUAUUAAAAAAUUUUGUAUACUUGCUAAAUAAGACGAAAAAAAAUUCAAUAAUGAGGACCUUAUUUUCAUUACGUUGCAUGGCCCCAAAUAUAUGGUCGUUAGUUUUCUAUUUAUAAAAAAAGGUAGCAACAAAUACUAGCAAUUGUCGAUCUGUGACUGCAUUUCUGUUACUUUGUAUAUGCAACACCAGAGUUAACAGUGCAAUUAAAACGGCACCUUUGGGACCAGAGAAAAUUGAAAUUUAAA